AUGUUGGUGUUUGGAUCAUUUCGAAGGCCGUGUUGCAUCAUUCACAUCCUUACUGUCCAGAUCAAGCACAGAUGCUCAAACAGCACAAGGAACUAAGCAUAUCCGUGCGUCGUACAAUAGAGAAUAACGAGGAAGCCGGUAUCAGACCUAGCAAAACUUUUCAAUCAUUUGUUGCAACAGCCGGGGGUCACCGCGAGUUAAAUUUUAUCGAAAAAGACGUGAGGAAUUACAUCACUAGAGAAGUGUGGAAUGUUUCGAAACAAGAGGAUGCAAAAGAAUUCGUGAAAUACUUAUUAAGAAUGAAAGAGAAAAAUCAAAAUUUCUUUUUCGAGCUCGAACUCGAGGUCGAUCAGUCCAUUAAGCUUGCUUUUUGGGCGGAUGCAAGGAGCAAAACUGCCUGUGAGUAUUUCGGAGAUGUUAUUUCAUUUGACACCACCUACAAUACAAACAGGUAUAAUUUGGUUUGUGGUUCUUUUGUCGGGGUGAAUCACCACAGUCAAUCAACACUUCUUGGAUGCGCUUUGAUGAAAAAUGAAGAUAUUGAAUCAUUCAAAUGGUUAUUUCAAUGUUGACUUCGUUGCAUGGGAAGAAAUGCUCUGAAAGGGAUUCUCACCGAUCAAUGCGCGUCAAUGAAAAGGGCUAUAGAG